AGCUGUUUUUCUUUACCAGCAGUUAACCUAAAGUGAAGUAACUGGAACAACAUGGACAAAUUGUUUAAAAUUUUAUUUUUGGUGCUUCCAAUUUUUUGGCAUAUGAGUUGCUAUACAUUCGCUAGACCAAUGGUAGACGAUGACGAUGAUACAGAAGUUAUUGAAAUAAUUUCAAAUGAUAUCGAUGAAGGAAAUACGUCUUUAAUAGACUUGAGUUUUUAUGGCAAUGCUCUCUACGGAACUCCUGACAGUAAAGCAACUGGCGAACUUGUAGCUAAUUAUACACCAGAUGCUUCUUCGGUGAAUCCAGAAGAACUUGGUUCUUACCUUGAAGGUGACAUUCUCGUACCAACUGAAGCGAAUAGUGCAUUUACAAAAAAUGGUGUAACUUCGCUAUCAUCUCGUUGGCCUAAUGGUGUUGUGCCCUUCGAAGUUGGAGGUCAAUUUAGUGCUCGCGACUUAGCGACUAUUGAAUAUGCAAUUGAAGAAUAUCAUAAACGUACGUGUAUUCGAUUCAUUCCGCGCACAAAUCAAAAGGACUACUUGUCUAUUGUAAACGGCAACAGCGGGUGUUGGUCAUCGGUUGGACGUGUUGGAGGGAAACAAGAAGUUAACUUGCAAUCACCAGGUUGUCUGACUAAAAGAGGAACUGCUAUGCAUGAACUUAUGCAUGCAUUAGGUUUUCUACAUGAACAAAACCGACAGGAACGCGAUUCAUUCGUUUCAAUCCAAUAUCAAAAUAUCCAAGCUAAUGCAAUGCCUAAUUUUGAAAAAGCCGCAAAAACAAUGGCCUAUGGCGUACCUUAUGAUUAUGGAAGUGUUAUGCAUUACUCAUCAAAUGCUUUCUCUAACAAUGGACAGCCAACAAUUAUUGCAAUGCAAUCUGGUGGUAGUAACUUGAUGGGUCAGCGUGAUGGCUUUUCUGCAUUUGAUAUUGAAAAACUAAAUAAAAUGUACAAUUGCGGUGCAGUAGCAGCAGGGGGGCAAUCUUCGGCGCAAACAGCAGCUAACAAUCAAAUUAUUAAUAGUUUCAUUGGUGGUCUCAUAAAUGGAUUAGGACUAGCAGAGGAGAAAGCAGAUGAAACUUUAAAAAAUUGAUAACAUGAAAUUCGCUCAAAAAUUAUAAACAUAAAACGAUCGGCUUAACUCAUUUCACAUAUUAAUUUAUUGAAUAAGUCAUUAAACUCAUUAUAUUCUUGAUAACAGUAUUAUUAAAAAUAUAUA